CACGGCUGGUGGUCGUAGCUUAUUGUAAUGCCCAUCGCGCAAUGUCUCACCUCGUGCAAUUCAGCAGCUCACUAUUUUGCGUGCUCCUGCUCGCUGUUCCCAUCGCCUAUGGUUUCUCCUACGAGGAUCUACCGGCAGUAGCGAUGGAAUACAAAGUGCACAUUGACGCUGGCAAGGAGGAUUGCUACUUCCAAUAUGUAAAUCCGGGUGCAACUUUCUACGUCAGUUUUCAGGUAUUGCGCGGUGGAGAUGGAAAAGCUGGCUUCGCUGUGAGGAAUCCAGAAGGGGUUUUGGUUUAUCCUUAUCAAUGGCGGCCCAGUGCAGACUAUCAGGAUACAUCAGUUAAUGGUGGCUAUUAUAGCGUGUGCAUUGAUAAUCAGUUUUCAAGAUUUGCUGCCAAGCUAGUGAAUCUAUACAUUACAGUGAUUAGAUAUGAUCAGUGGCAGAAGUACAGCAAGGAAUUGGAGGAACUGAAUCUUUCCGUCGAAAACUUUACAAACACAAUUGUAAAUGUGGAGAGAAAUAUUAAUGAGAUGCUCCAGACUCAACAUUUGAGCAGAAGCAGAGAAGCGAGGGAUUUAAAUUUGUUGUUGGACAAUAACUCUUAUGUACAGACAUGGUCAAUUGCACAAGUGCUCGUUAUCACGGCGACAACUUUGAUUCAAGCAUUUUUCGUCAGAAAGUUAUUCGAUAUUAAACCAUCUGGACAUUCUAAAACACGCAUUUAACAUUAGCGAAUCAUAUGACUAACUCUUGGGUCAAUAAGAGCAAGAUAAUGGUUGAGUAUCUGUUGUGAUCAAACAACCGCAUGUUUACUGAUUAAACUCAUGUCGUACACAAAUUUAGGUAAUGACAUAAAGCGUAAGCGCUUUGACCGAUUCAUUACAAUGGAUCUGGUGAAUUGCAAUGCUAUGUGCAUAUUACAAGUUUUUAAUAUGCGACGUAAAUUGUGUUUGUUUUAUCCAUCGAUGCUAUAUGUUGUUUUGUGUCUUUAUGUAAAUUUAUGUGCAACAUGAUACAGACUGCCUGAAUAUUAAUUAUGACGCAGAAAUUUGUGAUACAUAAAAAUUGAUUAGGUGUAGCAAAUUUCUUGGGAGUAAUGUGGUCGUCUUUUAUACAAAGCCUCUAGUGAAUAAAACUUGAACUUCCAGAAUACAAAAAUUUAGCGAAACACUCACAGAGAUUUUGCAUUUUUUCAUCAAAACUACGCAUAUGUGCAAUAUACACACAUACUACUCAUAUUAGUUUUAAAAAAACAUUUUUAAUAAUUUUUAUGGAGAACUUUAAAUCCGGGUAUCUUUUACAGUAAUUCCGGGUAUCGUCUUCUUUUAUUAUGUUUAUGUUAUGUGUAUAUUUUCGAGUCAAAUCGCGUUCCACACCGAGUCAACUUGCAUACCACAAUACAAGACUGCCUCAUACUUCACAUCUGUGGAAGCUACAUCCAUCGAUCAAUUAUUAGGCAAUCAUAAUCUGUACUAGUUUUCACUUUACUUUGAAUAUAUCCUGUAUAUGUGAAUAUAAGCCGAUGAGAUAUUUAAAAAUGGACGUGAUUAUGAAUAUUUAAAAAUACAUGAAAUAACAUUUAUAUUGUAUUUAUAUAUAUAAAAAUAAUAAACAGAAACAUACUUUUGUUA